AUGUCUUCUCUAAAUUCCAGUCACAGCUCAAUUUCCGAGCAUUCAAAUGAUUUUUACAGUACUGGGAAGGAGCUUUCUCGUGAUUCAUACAAUGAAACAAUAUGUGCGUUGUGCAAAGAAGGGGAUAUUGAUAGUGCCAUGGCAUUGCUUUCACAAAUGGAGGCUCUAGGGUACCACCCAAAUUCAAUAUCUUACACUUGCUUGAUAAAAGCUCUUGGAAGUGUUGGCAGGACUUUAGAAGCGGAUGCAAUUUUCAAUGAAAUGAUACUUUCGGGUUGUAGGCCAGGAAUUAAAGUGUUUAAUGCAUUGCUCAAAAAUUGUUUGAGAAAAGGCCUCUUAGAGCUUGCGGAUAAAGUCUCGAGAGUAUUGGAUGGUUCGGGUUUGGUAAGGGAUCGCGAAACAUUUGAAAUCCUUAUUGACUAUUAUGUUCACGCGGGUAGGUUGAAGGAUACUUGGUUAGUUAUUUCUCAGAUGAAGAGGAAGGGCUACCAGCCGGAUUCUUUUGUGUACAGUAAGAUUAUUGAACUUUACAGAGACAAUGGGAUGUGGAAGAAAGCAAUUGCCAUUGUGGGGGAGAUACGGGAGAUGGGGAUAACAAUGGAUAGGAGAAUAUAUAACAGCAUCAUUGAUACAUUUGGAAAAUACGGAGAAUUAGAAGAAGCAUUGAAAUUUUUUGAGAGAAUGCAACAAGAAGGUAUUGUGCCUGAUAUCAGGACAUGGAAUUCGUUGAUUGGAUGGAAUUGCAAAUUCGGGAACUUGGCUAGUGCUCUGGAUUUGUUUAAUAGGAUGCAGGAACAAGGGAUAUACCCUGAUCCGAAGAUCUUCCUUACUAUAAUAACACGCUUAGGGGAGCAGGGGAAGUGGGAUAGCAUGAAGAAUAUUUUUGAGAAUAUGAAAGGCAGAGGACAUCGGAAGAGUGGAGCAAUUUAUUCCGUUUUGGUUGAUAUUUAUGGGCAUUAUGGGAAAUUCCAAAAUGCUGAAGAUUGCAUAAACGCAUUAAAAUUGGAAGGUCUAGAGCUUUCACCGAGCAUAUUUUGUGUUCUGGCAAAUGCUUAUGCUCAGCAGGGCUUGUGUGAACAAACUGUUAGGGUUCUGGAACUCAUGGAAGCAGAAGGAAUGGAACCAAACCUGAUAAUGCUAAAUGUGUUGAUCAAUGCUUUUGGUACUGCUGGAAGGCAUAUGGAGGCACUAUCAAUUUAUCAUCACAUAAGAGAGAGCGGCAUUAGUCCAGACGUAGUUACCUACAGUACACUUAUGAAGGCAUUUAUAAGGGCUCGGAAGUUUGAUCUGGUCCCUAAGAUAUAUAGUGAGAUGGAAUCUUUUGGAUGUUCACCAGAUAGAAAAGCCAGAGAAAUGCUGAAAUCUGCUUUGAUGACUUCCACUAGAGUCGAUAUGAAGAGCCCUACUGAUACAGAUACUCAUGGUUUGUCAGGAAUCCUGGACAAGAUUGAGGAGCUCAAAUUUGCUACUUCCCUUGUGGUGUGGCUGCUUUAG